UGUUGCCGUCGUAAACAAAAGUAUAAGCCGCUGUGCGUCCUUUUCAAUGAAUUUACCCUCGUGAUAGCGGUUCAAGGCCGAAAAAAGCGACGAUGAGGUGCAUCCCAGGAAGGAGCGUAAUCGCCGUCCUAACGGUGAUCCUUGCUGUUGUACGAAGCGGCCGAGCCUCGCUCUAUGAUAAAGAAUCCGUGUACUUCAUGGAACCUGGUGAGUACAUAAGCAAUGAUAAGCCUGGCUUGAGUAUUUUUUGUCACAACGCCAACUCCAAGUACAUCAUGAACUUUUGGAGGACCAUUGUUAUAAGUCUAAAAACGAAUUUAGAAACGUAUGAACUUUAUGAAGGUAUGUCACCUCACGAAGUGGUGGAGAAGCACGAGGACAAUCAAAAGUACUGGAGGUUUUCUUUGUUCAAUGCCAAGAAAAGCAAACAGUUUAGAAUUAAUCCUUUUGAAAAUAGUUGUAUUGGUGUAUACAUGAACAAAAAAUUAAAUCAAUUCCAGUACAAGAUGGUCAUGUCGGAAAAUAAUUUAGAUAGUUGGAAAGUAUCAAUGAUGGUCCUAGGUGUUUUUUUAUUUUGGUCUGCACAAAGACUGAGUAGAAAUACAGUGUUUUAUUACGCCAGUGGAAUCACGUUUGGUGUGACACUUUCAUUCGUUGCGUUGAUUUAUAUAAUUGGAAAGUUAUUGCCAAAGGGCAAGUUUAUGUACUUGAUGAUGGCAACAGGCUACACGAUGAGUUUUUAUGUUGCUCAAAUGAUAUGGGAAAACGCACAACUGAUUGCCAUUCAAUAUCGCGACUACGUUGUGUAUUACAUUCUCACCACUGCCCUGACUAGCUUUAUUAUUUGUUACCGAUUUGGUCCGGUAACUAACCCCAGAACAAAAAACAUCAUACAAUGGGUGUUGCAGAUCAUUGGAUUGAUAUUAGUGUAUCACAGUAGCUAUUUUCGAGAAGCAUCGACAGCAGUAUGUGUGAUCCUCGUAGUGUUUUAUAAUUUUCCAACAGUCGUUUUUCGUAAAGGACACACUUAUUGGAAACACAUGUUUCCGGAUCAACGUCGUUUAUUAACAGAUGAUGAGUAUCGCAAGGAGGCAGAGAGAGAGACUUUUAAAGCUUUAUCUGGCUUGAAAGAGUACUGCCACAGUCCCAAGUGUGACCCCUGGAAAACUGUACUGAAACUCAAGGAUCCGGUCAGAUUUGCCAAAUUCGUCGAAGGUAACAGUCAUUUGUCAGAGAACGAAUCAAUGGAUCACGAUGCAGAGCUUACCAGACUUAUAGAAGAGUGCGAGUGCACAGAUGACGAACCUAGUGAUGAAGAUUAAAAUCGUCUCCUAAUUGAACUUUGUACGAGGCUGUGUUAGGUAAAAAAAACUUCAUUGUUAUGUUUUAUUAUUUAAAUAGCUGUCUUAAAUACAAUUUUGUGGUGCCAUGAGUAUUUUGCUCAGUGGAGUGUUUGCUAAGAAUAUUUAGGUGAUUGGUGUUUUGUGAAAAAAAUACUAUUUUGUCUGUAAACUACAAUGAAAAAGCUUACAGUUUAUGAAAUAAUAAUAUUUAUUAAUUUACAUGGCGAUCAUUGGUUAGGACUUUUAUUUUGCAAUGUAUUGAAUGAAAUGAUUUUCACUUUUCCAAUU